AUUUACGAAGAGGAUCUGUGGGAGGAACAUUUUGAGGAGUGGGAGUCUGGUAAACACUCCUCGUUUGAUCACGUGGUCAAGAGUAAUGCAGGCCAGCUUUGCGCCGUCGCCGCAAUGCGGACAAUAAAAAUGGCAGAGGCGCACCAUGAAAAGUACUUACAGACUUACAAGUCACUACAGAAAACUGGCAAGAACUAUAAGAAGGUAUGUUGAAAGUCGAGGCUGUCAAAGACUCUGCAUAAAAACGCUAUAAACCAGUCGUCCAAAAAUUUGAACGGAAAAGGAUNUGUGGGAGGAACAUUUUGAGGAGUGGGAGUCUGGUAAACACUCCUCGUUUGAUCACGUGGUCAAGAGUAAUGCAGGCCAGCUUUGCGCCGUCGCCGCAAUGCGGACAAUAAAAAUGGCAGAGGCGCACCAUGAAAAGUACUUACAGACUUACAAGUCACUACAGAAAACUGGCAAGAACUAUAAGAAGGUAUGUUGAAAGUCGAGGCUGUCAAAGACUCUGCAUAAAAACGCUAUAAACCAGUCGUCCAAAAAUUUGAACGGAAAAGGAUAUUUUUGACGGAAGAAGAAUGCUUCCUUUCCUUAUUUGUCAGUACUUGGUGAAUAAUAGCAAUGCCAGCACGCAAGGCCCGGAACUUUACGUCAGUCGAUUCUUGCCUUGGCAGGACGGUGGGGAGAGCGGACGACCCGACUGUGAACUACAUCACCCUUUGCUUCAUUCGCUGACAAGUAGCAGGCUCAACCACGAAAAUCUUCAUGGACUGCUAGUACAGUCGAACCUUCACUAACGGCCACCUCUCUACAACGGCUCCUUUCUUCUAUCCCCAAGGUGACCGUUGUGGAGAGGUUCAACCGUAGUCUAAUAAGAAUCAGCUCCCAUUCUGAAAAGGUGCCUCUCAGGGUGAUAGGGUGGUAGGGCGUGGUCUCAAAUGGGUGUCUCCUUAUGGUGUAAAGGAUGGCUGAAUUUAUCUCUUACUUUCCUGGACAAAAUGUAAAUAAUUUUAAUAAACCCCAGCGAUAGCUUAAGAAAAGGAUUUCAUUAAUGAUCACUUGAUGAUUAUUGUGUUUUAUUUGAGGUUAAAACUACUCGACUGCGUUUCGUGUGGUGAUCUAGAUAAAUAACCUUCCCUUAAUUGAAAUGUGUAUUUGCCACCUUGUCAAGAAGUGUACAAUCGUUUCAAGUUCAGUUCAUUCUUUGCGGAACUAAGUUCGAAGGUGAUUGCGUUGUUACGCAUAGGAUCUGGAUUGACUACUGUAAUUCUUGCAAAUUUGUGAAGAGAGGACCUAUGUGGAUUUGGUUUUAUUAUCGCUAGAUUAAUUCAGUGAUAGUCCAUCGAAUUGAGAGUUAUUUAAUUAAGGUUUUCGAGAGAUUAUAAGGGUUGACUGUUUUAGUGGAGCGAGAAAUUUUUUAGGAGGAGGAUUGUAUGGCUAGACACUGACUGAAAUAACGGCUGCACAGGAGACUAGACUUUGUGUCAUGGGGUGUGUUAUAUCAGUGCUAUCGUGAUGUAGUUCUACAAUACUCAGUGAAUUGGGAAACGUUUGUUCCACUAGGUUUCUAUAUAGUGAGAUAUUGUUUUCGCCACAGUAUUUUAAAGGAGCUGAAUUAAGAGCCUUUUUUUUCUCUUUGCAGUUAAAGCAGCAACUGAUGGCCAAAGAAACCAAAGUUGUAAAGCAGGAACCGGUCCGACAGCCUGGAUCUGAUUCUGCCUGGGAAAUGCGGGAACUUGAAAUGAAGAUCGGCGAACUACAUCUGCAAAUCGACAGCGAACGAAAGCAAAACGAAGAUCUACAACGUAAAGUCGAAGAACUUACGACAACAAUAGGAAAAGAGCGAAAAAAGUACAAAAAAAUAAUUGAAACUUUGGCCAACGAGGUUGAAAGGCUUACAAAUCUAGUGAAGGCACAAGGAAGGAAUGGAUAUCAUUUGAAUGGACAUAAAAUUAACCACGAAAGACAAGACAGUAUUAAAAUGGGAACGAACAACCAUCAUAUGGAUACUUUUCCUUUAUCGAAGGAAAAUGAGAUUAAACAAUUCUACAUAUUGUAA